AUGACGGACACUACCAACAUGGAUAUCGACACAAAUACACCAAUGGAUUCCACCAAGCGCAAGGCUCUCGAUCCAAAGACAAAGAACAUUCAUUUCACCUCCCGCAACCCACCCUGGACCUACUUCAAGCUCAAGCUUAUUCCCCAGCCCGGCAAUCCUGUUCAACCACUAGACACACUCUCCGCACGAUCCUACCUCUCCUCCGCGCUGUCGCAAUUCCUCGGUCUGACAGGAACAGCUAUUCCGAUCGACAUCCUGAAGAUCGAGAAUGCACCCCCGACAGAAAAGUACGAUUCAGCCUGGAUUCGCGUCCCACGCGAAGAUGCAGCUGCCGUUGUAGGUGCUGUGAGCUCGUGGAUCGGAGGCGGAAACAAAUCUGUCGGGUCUGCAGAUGUCGCGUGGAGAAUCUGCGCGAAGGGGAAUUUCUUGGGUGCGUUGGUUGCGGGGUCUGGGGCGGAUCUCUUCAUUCCCUAA